GGGCUGCGGGGGCGUCACGCGCCGGGGUAGCUCAGUCCGGGGCCAUGUGGGCGAGGCCGCCGGGGGCUGCCGAGCCGUGGCUGCUCCUCGCUGGCCCGAGAGUCCGCUGGUCGCUCGCCGCGCUAGCGCCCGUGGGCGGCCGCAUGGAAGAGCCCGGCCCGGGGAGCAGCGGGGCGGGGGACGCGCCCCCCCCGGCCAAGAGGCGGCGGCUGCUGGCCGGGGAGGAGAAGCGGCCGGCCCGCGGCGAGCGCUACGUGCCGCCCCCGAGGAAGCGCAACCUCGGCGUGAGCUUCAGCGAGACGCACUUCGCCGAGACCCGCUACUACUUCGAGGGCGGGCUGCGCAAGGUGCGGCCCUACCACUUCGACUUCCAGACCUACUGCAAGGGCCGCUGGGUGGGCAAGAGCCUGCUGCACGUCUUCAGCACCGAGUUCCGCGCCCAGCCCAUCGACUACUACCGGGCCGCGGCCAGCGCCGGCCGCCUGCGCCUCAACGAGCAGCCCGUGCGGGACCUCGGCAUCGUGCUCAAGAAUAAUGAUUUUCUGAGGAAUACAGUGCAUCGCCAUGAGCCUCCUGUCACUGCUCAGCCUAUCCAGAUCUUGGUAGAGAAUGACGAGGUGGUUGUCGUGGACAAACCCUCGUCUUUACCUGUACACCCAUGUGGCAGAUUUCGACACAACACAGUCAUCUUCAUCUUGGGCAAAGAGCAUAACCUAAAGGAGUUGCACACUAUUCACCGGCUUGAUCGCAUGACGUCUGGUGUGCUCAUAUUUGCCAAGACUGCAGAAGUGUCUAAAAGGAUUGAUGAGCAAGUUCGGCAGAGACAGCUGGAAAAGGAGUAUGUCUGCCGCGUGCUUGGGGAGUUUCCAGAAAAUGAAGUGACCUGUGAGGAACCCAUCCUGGUUGUUUCUUACAAAGUGGGCGUGUGUCGUGUGGACCCCAAAGGCAAAUCCUGUAAAACUGUCUUCCAAAGGCUUAGUUACAAUGGCAAGACUAGUGUGGUCAAGUGUUUUCCAUACACGGGUCGCACCCACCAGAUCCGGGUCCAUUUGCAAUUCCUGGGAUAUCCUAUUGUCAAUGACCCCAUCUACAAUAUGGAAGCCUGGGGUCCUACUAAGGGUAAGGGUGGCGAGAUUAAUAAAACAGAUGAGGAGCUUCUCAGGGCUUUAGUGGAAGAACAUCGUUCCAAACAGAGUUUGAGCAUCUUGGACAUUUCAGAGGAGGACCUGAAGCCCCUUGUGGGAAGUGAAGAAUGUGACCGUUCAGAUUACUGUACUAAAACAGUUGAGAUUACGCCUAUAAGCGCAGACUCCUGCAGAACUGAGGACUCUAAGGAUCAGAAAGAAGCUGAAAUACUGGCUUGUUUGCCAAAUUAUGAUACCAGACCAGAAACACAUGAAGCAAACCCUGAAGGAGCUAGUUCAAGUGGGAAUCAGGAUGGACAUUCAGAAGAAAAGGACCCUCUGUGUGAGGAGUGUAAAAUAGUAAGGCAGGACCCAUCUCCUAGGGAGCUGGUGAUGUACCUGCAUGCCUUACGCUACAAGGGAGCAGAGUUUGAAUACAAUUCCAAGAUGCCAGACUGGGCUCUAGAGGACUGGGAUGAGAGCUAAGAAUAGAUACUGAGACUCUUGUGUUUCAUUUUAGUUUUGUUGGAAGGAAAGUAUUUGCUAAAGUCCUGAACGUGUGUGUGGUAAAAAUAUCUCAUUGGAGCUAUUGCGAUCUUCCAUCAUUAUUUAUUGUGUUGUGCCUGGAUUGCUUGAGAAUUUUGAGGCAGUGGGAAGAGUUCUUCCUGACUAGUCUUGAGAACUCUUUCCUAACAGUGAACCUGCUGACAGCUACUGAAGGGAGAUGGUUAAUGCAAGACACCUUAACUAUGUUUUCCUUUAAGAUAGUAACAGUGAGGGGUAAAAAUAUUACUCAAAGGUGGGAAGCUUGGAACAAUUGCUUCCUCUUCUGACCACUGUGGGGUGCAUCCUUGUCUGCAAAUUGAAUGCAGUUGUUUACUAAAUGCAUACAACUAAGACAAUCAGCAUCUUGGCUCUUUUCCUGUAUGUCAGUUAUCUAACUCCCUUAUCUUUCUGGGUAAGAGUUGGUGAGAUGUUAGUCAAUCUAAAAUACUUCAGGUGUCACACCCAGAUCAAUUUCAGUUAUGUUCUUAGUUUUGUUCAUACCAAGGCACUGUGCAGGCUAGUUCUUUUCCUGCCAGGUUAAUCUUCAUUCAUUUUAUUUGGAGUUAUGUUGCAUUGUGCAGUUCUUGUCAAUAAGACAUUUCCAUCCUCUUGUGUGUGUUUCCAGCUUCCUUUUUUUUUUUUUUUUGUUCUAGCAUGGAGCACAGUCUGUUUUGGAUAGGCGUACCUACAGCUAUGGACUCUAACAGCAAAUUAGACCAUUUCUUUGGGCUACUGAAUUUUUAGUUGGAGCAGUAUGCUUGUCCAAGAAAUUUUGCAAAGCUGAUUUAAGGACAAUCUCUACAUACUUUAACCAGUCUCUUGUUUCCUUUCCCUAUAUUUUCUACCUCCUCCCAUAUAGUUUCUCUCCUUAUUACUUAACCCCCAUUACGCUCUAUACUGUACAUCUUGUACUGCACAUAUCUUUUCUAACAUAUCUUAACCACUCCCUUCCAUGUACUCACACACAGGGCUUAGAAAGCUUAACAAAUACAUAAUAGCCAGAAAGCUAAGUCUGAUAUGGAAGGUGGCAGGGGCUUGCUGUUUCAAGGACGGCUCUACUCCACCCUUUUUUGGUUGUUCUAAGCAGGGGUGUUUCUACUAUCCUAGCCUUCAUUUUGCAGCUCCCAGCCUCAGUAGAAGACGCUUCAGUGUCAGCCUCUGCUGUUGCUCAGAGACUUUGUGAGCUGCCGCAGAAUGAAACACCUGAUUGCAAUAGUGAUACCAACAAGAUAUAGGGUUCUGAAUAGUAAAAGUAAAACUGAAAAUACCUAAGUUAGUUUUCACUUUGCUGCAGCUUGUUCUGAAAGUUCUAACCCACAGCUGAGGCAUUUCAAGAAUUAGAGCACUCCAUCUGUUUGUGUGUGUGAGACAAUUUAGGAUGUAAAAAAAUGUUAACCUUGUGUGGCUUUUUUUUUUUUUUUUUUUAAGGGCAGGACAGUGAUGUUCUCACCAGGACAUUUCCUAUUUGCCAUGGCAAAGUGGAUUUUUCCAUCCCAACCUUAAAUAAUAAUGCUUAUGUUGGUAGAUGUGUGCUAGCUCCUUUGUACUUGCCCUGCAUUGGACUGUAAACCCAAACCUGUACAAGCCAGUGCAUUGCUGGUAAUUUUUUUGUCUGAUGUUAGGAAGUCUAGAAUGUUAUUGGCUUACUCCAAGGAUGCCAAGAGUGCAUCUAGAAUAGAAAAAAGAGUGGGGAUCUUGGCCAAACAAAAAUCCUCUCUCACUACCUAGUGCUUUGUUUGAUCAACAUGCAUAGUCCUUUGAUUAUUACAGCAGCACUUAGAGGCCUUGACCAGAGCCUUAUGUGGUAUGCAUUGCCCACACACAAUAAGAUAGCCUCUGCCCUGAUAAGGCUUACAGACCAACUGUGACCAUUCGCAUCUAAUCUUCUAUUUGCCCAAACUGGAGCCAUAUCUUCAAAGAGGGUUUCUUCAGUAUUCAUAAUAUUGACCAUGUGAAAUACAAAGGUGACUUAAAGUAAGAGGCGGCACAACUGCCACUUUACCUAGUAAUUUACGCAUGUUAAUGCUAAGUGCUUUCUUUAUUAUUCUGUGGAUAUAGUGUAGGGGGGAAGUACAGAGGCUCCAUGAUUUACCAGCUAGUAUGUCACAUUGCCUCAUUCUGCAAAAUGAAAGAUCAUUAGCGUAACAACAGAGGGGAAGGGUUUUUUUAACUCUGGUUUAUCUUUGCCGAUUGACACGUUGAAGAAUGUGUUGAAUUUAUCAUUCUGCCACUUGAAUAAAUACAUCCAACAGAGGAGGUCCUCUAGCAA